AUGGCGUCUGACUAUGUCGCUCCACCCCCACGCUUCACCGAUCUCGCCAGGGCAAGCCGAAUCGCAGCAGGCCAGUCGUUCAACGUUAUUGGGGUCUGCGUUGACACUCUUGACCCUAUCCAAUGCAGGACCGGACAGUACAAGAGCGCACUCACAUUACAUGACCCAACGUGGUUGAGUGGUGCAGGCAUGGAGUUCUCGUUCUUCGCCAAAUCGGCGGACCAACUACCUGCUGUCAAUGAUCAAGGCGAUGUCGUCGUCCUCCGAAAUAUCAAAACAAUGAUUAAUAAAGGUCUGAACAAGGGCAUAUCGAACUUCUCCUCAACCUGGGUCGUGCUUCCAUAUGUCGAGGUAGCGAAUAGAAACUCUCUUCAGGACCUGAAGGAAAAGGCUCGAUGGCGGAAAGAUGGACGAGAGGCCCUCACCCAGUAUUCCAAAGGACCCCAAACGGCUCCUCUCAAUGAAGCUGAACUGAAGUACGCCAGAUGGAUUGCUGAACAGGAAGAUCCCAGUACCUGGGCCCCGAUACGGGCGAGGACGCAGAUGGACGUGGCAAACACCAUGGCAAGCAACGGCGGAGUUCCUGCUCCAGCCAAACAGAAGUUUAAAUUGCUUCAAGACCUGGAGUUGCCCAGCGACAACGCCUACAUCUUCGCCGACCUGCUGGGAGAAGUGCGCAGAAUCUACAACAAUGAUUUCUUGACUGAGCUAUAUGUGACCGACUAUACGACUAACGGCCAGCUCUACAACUACAAAUUCGCUGUCCAUGGAGAAGGGCGAACAGGUGACCCCCAUGGCUACCUUGAUGAGGAUCCGAGCACAUGGCCCGGCCCUUGGGGCCAAAUGACAAUGGCUGUCCGAUGCAGAGACGGACAGAGCCAUGUUGCCAACACAAAGGUGAAAGUGGGCGACUUUGUCUACCUCCGCAACAUCCAGAUCAAAAUGGACAAGGACGGGCGGAAGCUUGAAGGCAACUGUCGAGAUGAUCCCAAGAACCCAAAAAGGGAGCUGAUCGAGGUGGUCAAGGCCAAAGACGAGCGGCGGAUCGAGGUCUUGCGGCGAAAGCGAGCAUAUGAGGAGAAGGCAGAAGCCAGUGCCAUCAGAUUUUUCCGGGACCCAAACCAGGCACGGAAAAGGCGGCAAAGAGGGGAGCCAGCAGAAGAACAGCUCGGUGAGCCGAAAACCAAACGCAGUAAAAACAGAGCCCGGAAGGACAAGAGAGCCAACGAGGCUGAGCGGCAAGCGCAAAGAAAGACGGUGGCCGAACCUGCUGAGCAAGAGCGUUCCCUCACAGUCAAUCCGUCCAUCCGGAUCCACAACCAUAAGGGACUGUUGUUCAAGACCAUCGUUGACAUCCUGGACCCGGACAUCCUGCAUCGCACAACCCCCAAUGGAAAUCCAUAUCGAGUACCAUUUCAGAAUUGCACUUACAAAUCCAAAGUCCGGGUGGUUGAUUUCUUCCCUGACAACAUCGCCGAUUUCGCCGCUCCACGAAAGGUGUCGCAGUAUGAUGAGCUGGACGACCACAAGUCCUCUGACGAAGAGUCCGACCUCGAUUUGACACAAGAAGGGGACGGUGACGAGAUUAAAUGGGAAUGGCGAUUCUUCCUCCUGGUCGAAGACGCAAGGCCACAGCCGGGCUGUCAAGGACGUCCAACCCAGAUGCAAUUGCUCGUCGCCGAUGAUGACGGCGAUUGCCUCUUCAACAUGGACGCUUGCGAUCUCAGGGACAAGAAGAACGAGACUGCACUGGCGUCGCUGAAAGAGAAGCUGUUCCACCUCUGGGGAGACUUGCAGGAGAAGAAAGAGGAAGCCAAGAGCACAGCGGAGGCGCUCAACGUGAAACCAAGUGCCCGGCCCUUUGAAUGCUUGAUCAAGGAAUACGGAGUGCCGGUUCGAGGCUCCAGAAGCGGUUCGACCGACGUCGUCGCCUAUGAUAGAUUCUUCCGUCUAUUCGGGACGGCGAUCUGA